UCGGGCCACAGUCUCUUCCAAACGUGUCUGAGAAUGGACCGCAACCUGCGACGAGUCGUGUCCUGGUGGCUCAUCGUCUUUUACUGGCUUCCCGCUGCCGCAGAAGGUCGGCUAGACUACGGCCGGGGCCCAGGAGCAACAAGCCCACACGCUUCGGUCAGAAGGUACGGAGGAGCCCAGCCUCAGCUGUCGGCCAUGACGCAGCAGCAGCAGCAGCCGCAAAGCGCGGCGCUCAGUGUUCGGCCUCGGCCGGUAGUGGUGAAGUGCCACCCGGGUUCCAUGGAGGUUGUGGUGCAGGCAGACAUGUUCGACAUGGGCGUGAAGGUGGACGGCGCACAUCUUCAGCUGGGCCCAAACUCUCCAAGCGAAGGGACCGAAUGCGGGGCGGUCCAGUCAGGAGAGGAGUUCACUAUUGUGGCCCGGCUGACUGACUGCGGGACCAAACUCUCUUCUACAGAAGAGAAGAUCAUCUAUUCCAACGUCCUGACCUACUCGCCCACACCUUCAGUAGAUGGAUUGCUCAGACUGGAUGGAGCAGCUGUACCAGUUGAAUGUCAUUAUGGACGGAGAUAUUCUGUGGAUGGCAUCUCCAUGAUUCCCACCUGGGUUCCUUUCGUCUCCAUAGAUUCUGUAGAUGACCAGAUACACUUCAACCUGCAGAUUAUGUCUGAUGACUGGCAGAUUGAGAGAGGGUCUCACACAUUUUUUGUGGGCGAUCCCAUUCACUUUGAAGUGUCUGUUGUGAUGGGUCAUCACAUGCCUCUUCGAGUUUAUGUAGACCACUGUGUUGCCACGGCAACUCCUGACGCGGAAGCAGCUUUGAGAUAUGACUUCAUUGACCAUUACGGAUGUCUUGUUGAUGCUUACCUGACAAAAUCCAACUCACAUUUCUUGCCAAGAGUUGAGGAGCAUAAGCUGAGGUUCCAGCUGUUGGCCUUCAGGUUCUACCAGGAACCCAGUAACCAGAUUUACAUAACCUGCUCUGUGAAAGCUGUUCCUGUUGCACUGGCUGUUAACGGUCAAAACCGGGCAUGCUCUUUAGUCGGAAACCGAUGGAAGUCAGUGGAUGGAACUGACCAGGCAUGUAGAAGCUGUGAUGUGUCUACACGUUUUGAGGAACCUCGAACCACAGUACCGCCCAAAACCAGCACCAAAUCAAGACCCACCAUGACUUCAUCGGAAAGUUUAUUCCAGAAUAAAGCUGAAUAUCAUCCAGGCAAUUUCUUCAGUUUCCGUCCAAAAACGUACAAGAGGCUAACGAGAAAUGUGGAUUAUGAAGGAUACAAAUCUGCCCAUCUGGGACCUCUGUUUGUUCUGCCAUCCAGGGAAUCAUUAGAUUCUGAAGAAGUACAUCAACAAUCUGACAGGAACAGAUGAGACUGGUGGUACCUUACUGGAGUGUGAGGAAGUGUGAAUGAAAUGACUUUUUGAACUAAGAUAAAUGUACAAAUGAGAUGUAUCGUCCCUUAAAUGACUUAUAAAAUGUAAUAAAGUUCUCCUUUUGAGCUUUGUCCAUCAA